AUGGCUGUAACAAAGCACCCGCGAGAUCCUCCCCCCUUGGACGAGUUGGCAGCUAUCAUCGAGCGCUCUCUCCUCUGCAACUUCUCAACUGCAAGCGUGAGUGUCGUGCAAUGCCCUGACCUGCGCCAUGCACCUUUCAACCUCGCUGGAUCCGGCUUAUCCGGUAACACUCGAAUCGCCGACAUAGGAGGACAACAACACCUUUUCCCUCAGCCAGUCCUCGACGCCAAAUAUUCAAUGCUCUCGCUCGCUAAGGAUAUGGAAAUGUCUUCAGCGAAAGGCUUCAUUUUAGGAGCAGGAGCCGCGCCAUUCCAGGAUAUCGGCCAGAACGCCGAAUUAGCACCAAAUCUGUCAUGGGAAGCAAAGAACAACACAUCAGAUCUCACUGAUACAAACUCUUUAAACGUGGAGAGUGGCACGCGCGUGAUCAAGAUUAGCCAAGAUAACUCACCAAAAUGCGAACAACUCCCAAGCACAAACUGCGCACUGAUGAUAAACCUCUUCGGUUCAAAUGGCGAAACAGGCGCAGUCCUCAAAAUAUCCGCGCGGACACGCACUGGCGAGGAAAACUUCACAAACUGUAUCCGGAAUGGACUGCGCGAUGCAUAUGGUGAUUCAAGACCUAUCAGUCUGGGCGGCGCAUUCCUACUCAAAUCUGGAAGCGCAAAAUUCCACAUUAUGCCUGAUUUCCCGGCAGAGGACCAAUUACCUUUUCGAGAUCGGCAACAGCUGGAAAAGGAAUGGCUUACUUAUCAUGUUUUUGAUGCGCCGGUGGAUUGA